CACCACAGAGAACCAGAUAGAUCAUAUUUGUGUCAACAAAAUAUUCCAAAGGACAAUGGAAGACGUGAAAACUAGGAGAGGAGCACACAUGAGUUCAGAUCACCACCAACCGAUGGUCGCCAAGAUGAAGCUGAAGCUAAAGAGGCACUAGACAACUCGGCAAACAGCAUUAAAAAUGUUCAAUACUGUCCUCCUUCCACAUGUUGACAAACUCAAAGAAUUCAAGAUAACUCCCAACAACAGGUUCCAAACAUUACAACAUCUAAUCGAAGAAGAAACUACUAUGGGGGAAAACUGGAAAGGGAUCGAAAAAGCACUUACUUCAACGUGUCUGGAGGUACUGGGCCACAACAAACAUCAUCGUAAGGAAUGGAUCUCUAUGGAAACCUUGGACAAGACACAAGAAAGGAAGAUCAAAAAGACAGCAGUUAAUAACAGCCGAACAAGAACAGAGAAAGUCAAGGGACUAGCUGAAUGCAGAAGCCAACAAGGAAGUGAAGAGGAUUAGGGCUGACAAGCAGAAAUACAUGGAAGAGCAAGCAACAACAGCGGGAAGAGCUGCAAUAUAAGGAAAUAUGAAACAACUAUAUGACAAGACGAAGAGACUGGAAAGGAAAUGUAGUAAAUCAGAAGGACUAGUCCAGGACAAAAAAGGCAAGCCAUUCUUGAAAUUCAAGGACAGAGGAACAGAUGG